CCUGGGGCGCGUUGGCAAAGCGCCUCAAUUUCCCAGACUACAUUUCUUCUUCUACAGCCGCCAUAUUGCUGCCUAAACGCGCAGGCUGGAUCGGCUCGUAUCCACAACUGAAAAUUUGUUGCAGUGAUGACACAGACGGUUCAAACCAACGGGGUUCAGCCCCUCAGUAAGACCUGGGAGCUGAGUCUGUACGAGCUGCAGAGAACUCCACAGGCACAGGAGGCGAUAACAGAUGGACUGGAAAUAGCAGUGUCGCCCCGGUCCUUGCACAGCGAACUCAUGUGUCCUAUCUGCCUGGACAUGCUGAAGAACACAAUGACAACCAAAGAAUGUCUGCACCGCUUCUGCGCUGAUUGUAUCAUCACAGCUUUAAGAUCUGGUAAUAAAGAGUGUCCUACAUGUCGUAAGAAGCUGGUUUCCAAGAGGUCGCUGCGUCCAGACCCCAACUUUGAUGCUCUGAUAAGCAAGAUUUAUCCCAGCCGUGACGAGUAUGAAGCCCACCAAGAGAGGGUGUUGGCUCGCAUCAGCAAACACAACAACCAGCAAGCCCUGUCCCACAGCAUAGAGGAGGGGCUGAAGAUCCAGGCCAUGACCAGACUGCAGCGUGGUAAGAGACAUACAGUGGAGAAUGGGAGCGGGGCCGAGGACAACGGAGACUCCUCCCACUGUAGCAAUGCCUCUGUCCAUAGCAACCAGGAGGCAGGUCCCAGCAUUAAGCGCACCAAGACCAGCGACGACAGCGGGCUGGACAUGGACAACGCCGCAGAGAACGGGGGCGUGGACUCUGUGAUUGACGGUGGAGCCAGCGAGAUAGAGCUGGUGUUCAGGCCACACCCCACCCUGAUGGAGAAGGACGACGCCCAGAACAGCGUGGAGUUUGUCCCUCGCUACAUCAAGACGUCCGGUAACGCCACAGUGGAUCACCUCUCCAAAUACCUGGCUGUCCGACUCGCUCUGGAGGAGCUGAGGAGAAACGCAGAGGCCAGUCCUGUCAACGUGGAGGCAGCUUCAGAGAAACAGUACACCAUCUACAUACCUACCGCUGCAAACCAGUUCACUGUUCUGAACGGGUCCUUCUCUCUGGAGCUGGUCAGCGAAAAGUACUGGAAGGUGAACAAACCCAUGGAGCUGUACUUUGCUCCUACUAAAGAACACAAGUAGACUCACACACAUAAAACACACACACACACACACACACUCGGCAGUAGGAAGUAAACACAUGGACUCGGCUACACAUGCACACACACUAACGAGGAGAGGAGUGUGUGUCUCUGAAGGAGAUGAGAGGGGGCUGAAACCCCUCCAAAGGACUCUUGUAAAAAGAAAAACAAUUCUGUUUUAUAUUCUCUGUAUCUUUCUCCGUGUCUCUUUCUAUCCUCUGUAGACUGCAGCAGAUCAGCACAGCUGCACAUCGCUUCAGUAUUUCUUAGUCUCCUCCAGUAUUUUGCUCCCCAUGUGGUUUCAGUCCAACAUAAGCUAGCUGAAAGAAACGGAGGAAAAUAUUUGCUCGCAGAUUCCUCUGAAACCCACCGUCAGUAUCUGAAAUAUUGUCAAAAUAGGGCAUACAUCUAAUCUGAUUCAUAAGGGCCUGUGCUUCUCCACUGAGCACAGACAUCCAACAUGAAUCCCACAUGUAUGGAAGCAAAGAAAGGCCAAAAUUAAGUAAAUGUAAUGCUUACUGAAAGUGUAAAAUGUAAUUGCUACUGAAUAGAGGGUUAAUAUUCAAUUAUCGGUGAAAAGUAUUUAACUAUCUGCAUUCAUGUGGGUUGGAUUCCCUCUUAUAAAGUCAUUUCAGGUAUUAAAAAAAUAAGUUGAGGAUUCCUAUUGGCUCCCUACUUUGAUCACAUGACUUCCUCAGGCUGAAGUGAUUAUCCCUCAGUACUUUUAGUUAAUUUAGUUACUUUUAGUCAAAAGAAACCUGGUGUUCUGAAUUUUCAACGUUUUCCCCACAAAGCAGACAGGUUUCAAAGUAAAAUAUUUUAAUUUUCAACAUAGUGGUUACAUUUUAUAAAUAGGUGCUUAUUAAUUUCAAAAGACGGGGCCUUCCUUUGCUUCCUUAGAGAAUCCUCUCUCACCUCUGUUCCCAUCACACUGUAGCACAGAGCUCUGACCAGCAGGGGGCGUUACAAGCAUAUCCAAAUUCCUCUCUGGUGAAUAAAGCGCCACACAUUGCCUCGGGCAUUUAGUUGUUUUUCUUUGAGGGGGCUCCCCGAAUAUGUUUUGUGUUUUCUCAACAGUUGUUUCUCCUAAAUAAAACUAGUGGCUGGUGAAGCUUUGAA